AGAUAUGAGUUGACAUUGGCACCUCAACUUAUUUCACAUUUAUAAAAAGAACUUAUACUAUAUUUCAAGGGUGAUUUCUGGGUUUUGAAGGGCGCUGAAGACGAAAAUAAGGGUUAGAAAGGCUGGAAAUGAGGCCAAAUGAUUAAACUGAGACUCGAUAGGCACCAACUUAUUUCACAUUAUAAAAAGAACUUAUACUAUAUUUCAAGGGUGAUUUAUGGGUUUUUAAGGGCGCUGAAGACGAAAAUAAGGGUUAGAAAACCUGGAAAUGAGGCCAAAUGGUUAAACUGAGACUCGAUACAAGAGUUGACAUUGGCAGCAACUUAUUUCACAUUAUAAAAAGAACCUAUACUAUAUUUCAAGGGUGAUUUAUAGGUUUUUAAGGGCGCUGAAGACAAAAAUAAGGGCUAGAAUGACUGGAAAUAAGGCCAAAUGGUUAAACUGAGACUCGAUAUAAGAGUUGACAUUGGCACCUCAACCAUAUAUCGCAUUUAUAAGAGGCCUUACACUAUAUUUACAGGGUGAUCUAAGGGUUUUAAGGCCGCUGAAGACGAAAAUAAGGGUUAGAAAAGCUGAAAAUAAGGCGAAAUGGUUAAACUGAGACUCGAUAUAAAUUAAGAUUUGGUCACGUUGGCAUCUCACCCAUAUAUCACAUUCACUUAUUUCACAUUUAUAAAAGGUCUUACACUAUAUUUCCAGGGUGAUCUAAGGGUUUUUAUGGCCACUGAAGACGAAAAUAAGGGUUAGAAAAGCUGAAAAUAGGGCGAAAUGACUGAAACUCGAUAUAAGAUUUGGUCACGUUGGCAUCUCACCCAUAUAUCACAUUCACUUAUUUCACAUUUAUAAAAGGUCUUACACUAUAUUUCAAGAGUGAUUUCUGGGUUUUUAAGGCCGCUGAAGACGAAAAUAAGGGUUAGAAAAGCUGAAAAUAAGGCGAAAUGGUUAAACUGAUACUCGAUAUAAGAGUAGAAACAUUGGCACCUCGCGCUUAAAUGACAUCACCAUAUAUUUCACACUUCUACAAGGCCUUACACUUUAUUUUCUAGGUGAUUUUAAUUUUUUCAAGGGCACUGGGGACGAAAUCAAGGGCUAAAAAGGCGGGAAAUAAGGCCAAAGGAUUAAAAUGAGCCUCGAUUGCAUAGUAGAAACACUGGCACCUCACGCUUACAUGACAUCAACAUAUUUCACCCUUAUAUAAGGUUUUACACUUAAUAUCCAAGGUGAUUUAAGGGUUUUUAAGGGCACUGGAGACCAAAUCAAGGGCUAGAAAGGCUGGAAAUGAGACCUAAGGGUUGAAAUAAGGACUGGAUGGAGGAGCAGCCCAAUAGAUGGCUCUGAUGGUUCAUGUGUUCAAAUUUUCCACCUCCAGUGCUCUGUUCUUCCCUUCUCGCGGAUAUCACCUCGAUUUUUAGCCAUUCCCCAGGGAGACUCGGCCGCCUUACUCCCCCAGGCAUCCGAGGAGGCGUAGGGUAGGGCCGGGACCUUCAGUCGUCAUCCUCAUCCUCGACACCAAGAAGGGGCCUGGGAAUGUCUGGCCCUGACUCAGGCUCCUCCUAUGUGAGUAUUCCGUCCUCCAUGAACUACCUGGUAAUGAACAGUGUUGAUGCGUCAUCUUUACGAGGAUGGCGCGUUGCACUUGCAGGAGGGCAGCAGCUGGUGAUGAACAGUGUAGGCGCGACGGGCCUCACUAGCGUCACCAGCGGGGGAGCCGUCGACUCGCUCGGGGAGGACACAGGAGGGGGCGGUGGGGCGGGGGACAGCGUAGCCACCCAGAUCACAGGGACGAGCGACGACGAUGACGAUGAUGUCCCUUCGUCACCGGGCAGCUUCGGCGAGGACGAGGGGUCACUCCAGGGGGACGAUGACGUGACCGCCCAGCUAGCGGCGGCAGGUCCCGUCGGUGUGGCCGCUGCCGCUGCGAUCGCGUCCGCCAAGAAGCGCAAAAGACACCACUGUUUCGAGCUCAACCCGUCGAUACGUAAGCGUCAGAAGACGAGGCUCCUGCGGAAACUCAAGGCGACGAUCGACGAGUAUUCGACGCGGGUGGGCCAGCAGGCGGUGGUGGUGGUGGCGACGCCCAGUAAGUCCGGGAACGACUUCAAGUGUUUCGGCGCCAAGCCUCUCGAAGAUGUGAUGAAGACGCUGAGGCAGAUGUUGAUGACUGAGCUGGAGAACGCCUUGGCCCAGCAGGCGCCUCCCCCCCCUCAGGACGACCCUUCGCUGCACGAGUUACCGCCGCUGAUCAUCGACGGCAUCCCAACGCCCGUAGAGAAGAUGACCCAGGCGCAACUCCGGGCCUUCAUCCCCCUCAUGCUGAAGUACUCCACGGGGAGAGGUAAACCAGGCUGGGGCAAGGAGUCGACGCGGCCGCCCUGGUGGCCUAAGGACGUCCCGUGGGCCAACGUGAGGAUGGACGCGCGAUCCGAUGACCAGAAGCAAAAGGUGUCGUGGACCACAGCGCUGCGCCAAAUUGUCAUCAACUGCUACAAAUUCCACGGCAGGGAUGAUCUCCUACCGGUCUUCAACGAGGAGGAGGAUAAGAGUCAGGUGGCGGAGCAUAUGACCACAGAUGUUGCGCCGACUAAACGAAACUUUCCAACUUUCCAACUCAACUUAAAUCCACAAAUCAACGCGCAGACCAACUCCGUCUACUCAGGGCAGAUGGUGCAGACGAUAAGCAACCCCGACGGCACCGUGUCCAUCGUGCAAGUCGACCCGAGCAACCCCGUCAUCCAGCUGCCGGACGGGACGACGGCGCACGUUCAAGGGAUUGCGCACAUCACAACACAGAACGGGGAGUCGCUGGAUGGAGAGAGUGGUGGCUCGGCCGGCUCCGUGGCCAUCGACCUCAACCAAGUUUCCGAGGGUACCCUGGCGCAUGAGGGGACCAUCCUGCUCACCGGAGAGGAUGGGUCGCAAAUCCCGGUCAACGUCUCCGGCUCGUACCCUGUCUCGGGGAUGAUCACGGUGCCCCUGCCGGUGUACCAGACGGUGGUGGCCAACAUCCAGGGGCAGGACGGACAGCCCCUGCAGGUUGUGACGCCCCUCGUGCAGGUCCCCAAGCUGGAGCCAGGUCUGGAGGGCAGCGUGGAGGUAUCGGCGGGUCUUAACGCUUCCCUGGACGCCUCGACGAUUAUAUCCUCGGGUCCGGGACAGGUUCAGCCGUUAAAGAUCGUAAAGCCCAGGACAUUGAGUACAGUCUCAUUCAAAGAAGAUGAUGACGAUGACGGAAGUGUGGACAUGGUGGACAAAGAAUGAUGAGGGUAGAGUGAGGUUGGUGGCAGCCUGACCCCCCCCUCCACCUGCCUCCUCGCCUCCACCCCCCACCACCAGCAGCUGACGGUGGGGGCCGGCCUCUACCCCUGACCCCACCCCAACCCCCACCCACAUCUGUCUUUCUCACCAUCAGCUCUCAACCAAAGACUAGGGGAUGUGUCUGUGUGUGUUAGUUUGUUUGUUUUUUGUUGUGCGGUGGACCAGUGUCUCGGUCUUUCUCCCUCUCUACCCCCAGUGAUCUAUUUUUGGUUUAGUUAUGCCGUGAAGUACCUCGUUUUCUUUGUAUUACGUUUUCUGUGACUUUCGUUCUCGUGCGUUCACUGAGGUUCCUGGUUCAGUCAUGCCUUGAAUCACUCCGUUUUCUCUCUUUUUGUGAGUCUUGUCUUCGCUCCAGGGUUGGUUUGGCAUUCUGAGGCUCAGUUUCUGGUUCAGUCACGCCUUGAAUCACUCCGUUUUCUCUCAUUUUACCGAGGCUUGUCUCUGUCCCAGGCUUGGUUCGGCCUUCUGAGGCUCGGUUUCUGGUUCAGUCACGCCUUGAAUCUCCAUUUUCUCUCCUUUUGAGUCUUGUCUUCGCUCCAAGGUUGGUUCGGCAUUCUGAGUCUCGGUUUGUGCAUUCGCCGAGGCUUUUGGUUUAGUCACGCCUUGAAUCACUCUGUUUUCUCUCCUUUUAUUGUCUCGUCUCCACCCCAGGGUUGGUUUGGCAUUCCGAGUCUCAGUUUGUGCGUCGCCGAGGUUUUUGGUUCAGUCACGCCUUGAAUCACUCCGUUUUCUCUUUUUCUAUGUGUCUUGUCUUCACUCCAGGCUUGGUUCGGCGUUCUGAGUCUUGGUUUGUGCAUUUGCCGAGGUUUUUCAGCGCAGUCAACGUCCCUGAAAGUCCUUGUGAGGUGUGACUAGUGUGUCUCCCCUAGGGGCAGGACGGGGCCAUGCCAGAAAGGGCCGUCGCAGCGUUUCAGCGCAGGGCGGAAUUGACUAUUUUUGUACGGGGGUCGAGAGCAGUGACGCAGAAAUUUAGCGGAAGUCCUGCGGUGAAUAUUAAGUUGUUCUCCGUUCGCAUUUCUUUCGUUCGAUUAUUUCACGGCGACGCGCCUCUCCUGGCUUGGCCCCCCCAGUCCUGCCAUCGGUUUCGUCAUGUGUAAUAUAAUAAUAAUAAACAAAUGGAACGUCUGAUGAAGGGAGAGUGUUAGAUUUGAUACUUGCUUCUCCGUCAGAGUGGAAAAAAAUAAAGAAAAAAGCGAAAAGUGCGAGGGUGUCUGUGUGUGUGUAUAUAGUCUACGCGUUCAUGACGAUGUUAUUUCUGAUUAUUUUUAAGGUCAUUUCGUCUUUUUCCCUGUGGCUCGUACCUCCCAGAGUUACGAGGAAGCUGAGGCUAAUAAGAGAGAACGUCAAGGGUAAUUUAUUUUAUCCUAAGAUUAAUAUAUUCAGGCGAGGUCAGGAACGGUUGAGGAAGUAGGAGAGUUGACCCGAGCUCUCCUAUGUGUUUGUGCAAUUCUGACCUACCUUUAGUUACCCCGUUUCCCACUCUCCCUUUGUAGUGUUAGGUAUUUAUUGACCCAUCCUUGACCUUCCCUUUCCCUUCGUUCCUUCCACUAUUGUUAGGUUACGGAAGUUUGUGUCUGUAGAAAGGUUGGUCGCUGUCGGACGAAUGCGUUAAGGGGACGCGCUCUCUGUGUCCUAUACCUCUGCAGGGCUUUGUUGAGGCUGUAUAGAGAUGACACACACACACACACACACACACACACACACACACACACAAACACACAUAAACACACACACA